CCCCUUGUACUCGCCGGCAGCUGUCCGUCUUCAUCUCCACCUCGUCAAUUCUCUUUCUUUUUAUCCCUCUCCCCAGGCGCCUUGGAUCCGCGAGCGAGCAAUCCGCGAAUUUUCGUUGGGUAGAUAGACUAGGGUUCCUGCUCAGAUUACCUUCCCGUUGGCGGCCGCCGCCGGCUGAUCGACGCAUCCGGAUGGACAAAUUAAUUCCUCCUGCCAGCCGCGGCAACAGCAGUUCAGAAGAAAGCACAUGGACACAAGAGAACACGUUUAGUUCAGAAGAAAGCACAUGGACACAAGAGAACACGUUUAACAUCCCAAUCCCAGCUACAGAAGAGAAGGUUCCAACUGACCACGAACAAGAACAGGGACCAGAGGAAUUACAAAACCUCUUUGAUCUGGACGAAGAGUCCAUCAUGACGAAGAGUGGAUUUCUCAUUGACAAGCUGAACACUGCUAAUUUACCAGUAUUCCUUUCUACGUAUGAUGAAAGGCAGCAGGUUGAGGUCUACCAGCGGCUCUCCCGGUACUACAUCGAAGCCCAUAAGUUAUCCUCUGCUGGAGAGGACCUUGAGAAUGCACAAAGGAACAAGGAGUUGUACCCUCUGCAUGUUUAGGAAAAGAUUUUCCUUCAGCGCGUCAAAGAGGAUCCUGAAUGGUACUUCCAUCCUGAACAAUGCAAGCUUGCUGGCAUGGAUGACUACCAGCGGCUAGUGCUUCGUGAUGAUCUAAUGUAUGGAGAUUGGCAUGCCUGACUUACCAUACCUACCAGGCAGAUCUAGAAUAUGUCAAGUUCUGUGCAGAGAUAUCAGAGAAAAUUAAGUGGACUGAAGAUGAAGCAGCACUCUCGGGGGAUCAGUUACCUCUUAAAGCUUCUUGCAUUCUAUCUAACUACACUUGUCUUGUAGUGUCACACAAGCGCAUGUUAACAAUUUAAUUUUGUUUGUAGCGGAUGAGAAACGAGGUAGUGGCUUUUUAUCAAUCAUUGAAGAUUGCACUGCAGUUCCGUCAUAUUUCUGGACGUUCAGUUAUCUCUGGCUUCGAAGAGCAAGUGGAAAGCCUUCGGUUUGAUUUUAACCCCCACAAGGACUUGGUCGGUGUCUAUCUUGAGUUAUGGAAACGGGAUGCUAAGAAAAAGGUGAAUUUGGGUGAGGCUUUGAGGCAAUUGUAUGAAGAUGACGUUUUCCCCUCCCGCAAGGCUUUGAUCAAAUAUGCUCUGGAUAGCUGUCCAGACACCAGUUUGAUAAAACAUAAUUACGAUACCUAUGUGGAUGGCAUUGAUGAGAAGCUUCCGGAAGACGAAGCUCAUCCCUUGAUCAUGGAGGCCGUUAAGAAAAUGGCUAGUUGAUCUUGCUAGUUUUGUAGUUAGGAGAUGUUUUUUUAAUCUGAAUUUGAUCCGUCUCCAAUUGGCUUUCUCUUGCUGAAGUGGAAGUCUGAUUUUUUAUUUUAGUUUAAGAAACGGAAGAACUAUUUGGAUUACACCAGAAAGAAGUUGGAAAUCGCAGCGCGCAUUGGGUUGAUUCCC